AUGGAGGGUAGAGCCAUCGAAUGCAUUAAGAACGGUAAAUCCGUCAAGGCAACAGACUUUGAAGUUGAGCUUCUGUCCCAAGAGCUGCAGACCCCAAUCAGGAACCUGACUGUGGCUACCAAAACAUAUUCAGUGGUCUCGGCGGUUGAUAUGGUGAAGCAUCGUCUUGGAAGCAAGUCCACCAUUCUAUUCUUGAAGAACGGAAAAGGUGACGAUACAUAA